UCCUCCCCGGGGACCCACUGCUGGGUGCAGCCUCUCUUUGCCUGCAGCCCACCACCACAGCUCUGUGGACUGCUGGGCUCUGCAGUCCCACCACCACCGGUGCCUCUGGGAGGGAGAAGCAACAAGUGCCCUCCAGCAGCUUCUCCUUAGGCUGCUCCCCUCUGCCAGGGCACCAGUGCCAACCAUCACUGAGAUGUCACCUGCGAUGUCCCCACUCCACAGCACGGACACCACAGUGACAUGUCAGAACAUUCCACUGGAACCCGCAGUCCACUGGUGCCAGUUGGCCUUUGCCUUCUGACUGGCAGGACACGGGUGAGCUGUCCAGGGACGUGGCCAUGGAGGGAGAGUUCUCCUCCCUUCGCUUUCCGCAGAAACUUUGGAAAAUGCUGGAAAGUAGCAGGUUUCUGUCAAUUUGGUGGAGCGAAGGUGGAAAAUGUGUGGCCAUUAACAAAGAUCUUUUCGAAAAGGAGGUGCUGGGUAGGGCAGGACCUCAGCGGCUUUUUGACACACAAAAAGUGAAAAGUUUCAUGCGACAGCUGAAUGCGUACGGAUUCACCGAAACAAAACGGGAUGACCAGAGAUCUGCCUCCCUGCCCGAAUUUCUGGCAGAGGAAGCAGCAGUUUCUGCUCACAGCCAGAUCCUCUACUACUAUAACCCCUGCUUCAACAGAGCACAUCCCUGGCUGGUGGAAAGGUGCAGGAGGAGAGCUGCCCUCAAACGGAGAGCCCCAGGUGCAGUAGAGACGGAUGGAAGACCCUUCAGAGGCCCAGACAGUCAGCCUGGGCAGUGAGGGCAAGCAGGGCUGGGCUUCACACAGGAGUCUUUCACCCGUGAGGACUGCACCGACCAAGGGAUGUGCUGAAGCACCUCCCAGCAUCUGCAGCCCCAACCCUGCACGUGGGCCCCAGACGUGGCACGUCCCCGAGAUUGCAGAGAUAAUUUCUAAUUAAAAGCGUUGUUACUAAAUAGAGCCGAACAGAGUUGGAAUAAAAAGAUUUUAGUUGAGUUGGUAUUAAACCGUUGGAAGAACAACCCUU